AAUAUUUGAGAAUAACACACACACAAAAAAAGGAAGCAUGUAUCCAAAUUCCUUUUCUUCUCAAACCUAACCCUAGCUUUGUAGAUAGAGAAAAAAAAUAUAUCAGAUUUUGGGAGGCAGAAGAAAACCCUUGAGAUCGAUCUCACAGUUGUAAUCUUUUUUUCUUUGAUUUUGAGAGAAAAAUACUUUGUUAGGGUUUUGGAUAAUUUUGUAAUGGAGCCUCGUGUGGGUAACAAGUUUCGACUUGGUCGCAAAAUUGGCAGUGGAUCCUUCGGUGAGAUCUAUCUUGGUACUAAUAUUCAGAUUAAUGAGGAGGUGGCAAUUAAGCUGGAAAAUAAUAAGACAAAGCAUCCACAGUUGCUAUAUGAAUCGAAGUUGUAUAGAAUUCUUCAGGGAGGAACUGGAAUUCCAAACGUGAGGUGGUUUGGCGUCGAGGGAGAUUACAAUGUUCUGGUCAUGGAUUUACUAGGACCCAGUCUUGAAGAUCUAUUUAACUUUUGCAGCAGGAAGCUUUCCCUGAAGACAGUUUUAAUGCUUGCUGAUCAAAUGAUAAAUCGUGUUGAAUUUGUUCAUUCUAAAUCAUUUUUGCAUCGAGAUAUUAAGCCAGACAAUUUUCUUAUGGGCUUGGGAAGGCGUGCAAAUCAGGUCUACAUAAUUGACUUCGGUCUAGCUAAGAAGUAUCGAGAUACUUCAUCUCAUCAACACAUUCCUUACCGAGAGAACAAAAACUUGACGGGCACUGCAAGAUAUGCUAGCAUGAACACUCACCUUGGUAUCGAGCAAAGCAGGAGGGAUGAUUUGGAGUCUCUUGGAUAUGUUCUUAUGUACUUCCUGCGAGGAAGUCUUCCUUGGCAAGGGCUGAAAGCAGGAAAUAAGAAGCAGAAGUAUGAGAAAAUUAGUGAAAAGAAGGUUUCGACAUCUAUCGAGGCUUUGUGUCGAGGUUAUCCUACUGAAUUUGCGUCAUAUUUCCAUUACUGUCGUUCUCUGCGCUUUGAGGAUAAACCAGAUUAUGCUUAUCUGAAGAGAAUAUUUCGUGACCUCUUCAUCCGUGAAGGUUUUCAGUUUGAUUAUGUUUUUGAUUGGACUAUAUUAAAGUAUCAGCAAUCGCAAAUUGCAGCUCCUCCUUCCCGACCUCUUGGAGCUGGUGCCGGAACCAGCUCAGGUAUGCCUCCAGUUAUUCCCAAGACAGAAAGACAGGCAGGUGAAGAAGAAGGAAGACAAUCAGCAGAUCCUUCUCGGAGGAGAAGUCCUGGGCCACCACUGAUUAGUGCUGGAAGUUUAUCCAAGCAGAAAAGUCCUAUUGGAAAUGAUUCCACGAGCAAGGAGGCUAUGUUGUCAAGCUCCACUUUUCUGGGAAGAUCUAGUGGGUCUCUGAGGCAAGGUCUAGUCUCUGGGAGCCGUGAGACUUUCACAAUGGGAAAUGAUUCUGACCCUACACAUUCUCGCACGCCUGAGACAAGUCCAGCGACCAUGCACAAAAUAUCAGGUGGACAUAGAAGCUCUCUGCUUGGUGGAUCAUCUGAUCCUAGAUAUGCCUCAUCUAGCAUGAAUACUUCUGGCAUAAAGAACUAUGAAUCGACGCUCAAAGGAAUUGAGACUCUACAUUUUGAGGAUGAAGAGAGGGCUCAUUGAUUGCAAAUCCUUUCACUUGUAAAUAUUUUCUUGUGUGGUUGACUUCAGAUAGAAUUGAGGCCCUGAAAGUUUAUUUUUGUUUGAAUUCGUGGGUUGGAAACUAGUGAACGAGCAGUUGUUAUUCGGGCUGGCAAAAGAUCUACAGCAAAUAAAUAGAUCAAGAUGGUGCCAAUGCAGGAGGUGAGGUCCUGUUAAUACUAACUCCGACAUGGUGAAUGACUCUUUAUAGUUCUAGGCAAUGCAUGCAGCAUUGUCUAUAAUCAUUUAGUUCUGUCCAACUGUGGGGGAUCAGUUAAACUGUAUAUUAAAUUUCCCCAUACUCUUAAUACUCUUCAGGUUAGAUGUGAUUGAGUUAACACAGUUCUCAAAUAUUAGGAUUCUGGUAAUUCAUAUGUAGCAGGUUGUGCAAGGAUAAUGAUGUGUUUAUUUCUCUUCAGUAUAUCAAUCGAAACAGAAUAGGAGGUGCUAGAAAGCAUGGUCAUGUUAUGCACUUUUGGCAGCUAUUUCUAAUCAUUAUUUUUUUGUUUCUUUCCAUUG